GGGGCUUCCGGCGAGCGGCGGCUCCUUUCUGGGAAGGCGGGGGCCGCAUCCUCCACGCCCCUCGGCCGCUGCGCUGCUCGCCGGCCCGCCUGCCCGCUUCGACCUCGCCAUGUCCGCCCUGGAGAAGCAGCUGCAGCUCGGCCGCCUGCCCCCUCGCCCGCCGGGCCCCGCCGGAGGCAGCGGCCAGGCCCCUCCCAAGAUGCGCAUGGGGCCUGGAAGGAAGCGAGAUUAUAGUCCGGUUUCCUGGAACCAAUAUUUUGAAUCUAUGGAAGAUGUCGUGGUUGACACUGACUCUGGCAAGGAUACUUUUCGAGUUUACAAGAGCGGGUCCGAAGGUCCGGUGUUGCUCCUACUUCACGGUGGAGGUCAUUCUGCGCUCUCCUGGGCCGUCUUCACCGCCACCAUCGUCAACCGUAUCCAGUGCAGGAUCGUAGCUUUGGAUCUAAGAGGACACGGUGAGACAAAAGUCCGGAAUCCGGAAGAUCUCUCUGCGGAGACAAUGUCCAAAGACGUUGGCAACGUGGUGGAAGCCAUGUAUGGUGACCUCUGCCCUCCCAUUAUGCUAAUCGGGCACAGCAUGGGAGGAGCCAUUGCCGUCCACACAGCGGCAUCCAACCUGGUGCCGAGCUUGUUGGGCCUCUGUAUGAUCGACGUUGUGGAAGGGACGGCUAUGGAUGCCCUCAACAGCAUGCAGAACUUCCUUCGGAGUCGCCCAAAGACGUUCAAAUCUCUGGAAAACGCCAUCGAAUGGAGCGUGAAGAGUGGGCAGAUCAGAAAUCUGGAAUCGGCGAGAGUGUCCAUGAUCGGCCAAGUCAAAGAGUGCGAAGAAGCCACGAGCCCCGGUGGCCCCAAAGCCAUCGUGGAAGGGAUUAUAGAAGAGGAGGAAGAAGAGGAAGAGGAAGGCGAAAACGGGGAGUCUCUCAACAAGAAGAAGAAAGAUGACGACGUGGAGACCAAGAAAGAAGCCGCCUACACCUGGCGGAUUGAACUGGCCAAAACGGAGAGAUACUGGGAUGGCUGGUUCAGGGGUCUCUCCAACCUCUUCCUCAAUUGCCCUGUCCCCAAACUGCUGCUUUUAGCAGGCGUCGAUAGACUGGAUAAAGAUCUCACCAUUGGCCAAAUGCAAGGGAAAUUCCAGAUCCAGGUGCUCCCACAGUGCGGCCACGCAGUCCACGAGGAUGCUCCGGAGAAAGUAGCGGAAGCCGUGGCAACGUUCCUCAUCCGUCACAGGUUCACGGAGCCCAUCGGCGGAUUUCAAUGUGUUUUUCCUGCUUGUUAGUACCACACCCCUCCGAUGGUCCCUCCUGCACCUCUUGUAAAUAAACCAACAUCGGACGCAUCGUGGCAUGUCCCAUCUCUUCCCCGUCAUCCGCCACCGACCCAUCGGUACAAAUCUCACCGCGAAGAAACCGGGUGUCCGGCUCAGUUUUUCUGUUUCUCGCCACUUCAUCCUGGCUGGACCC